CAAAACUCACAUCUUCAACUACUGCAGAAUUUGAAGGCGCAUGACGACUGAUACCCUUCGUGGGAACAAGACAUCGCGUAAGAGACGAAGAAGCGAGAGCGACUCUGUCAUAGACACUCUUGAGAAGUGGAAGAAGUACAACAGUGAGCUUGAAUUUGUAAAACAUGGAGCAAAGAAAGCGAGUCUCAGGGUUCCAGCAAAAGGCUCGAGAAAGGGUUGCAUGAGAGGCAAAGGUGGGCCUCAAAACUCAGACUGCAAUUACAGAGGAGUGAGGCAGAGGAUUUGGGGCAAAUGGGUGGCAGAAAUUCGUGAACCCAUUACUGGAAAUCAUACUACUGUGGGAAACAAGAAACCGAAUCGCUUAUGGCUCGGCACUUUCUCUACUGCACUUGAAGCUGCCCUUGCUUAUGAUGAAGCAGCCAGAGCCAUGUACGGUCCUUGUGCUCGGCUGAACUUUCCUGAUUAUAACAUGGAAGGAGAAGAAGAUGAAGAACCCACAUGCUCUAAUGAGGAAACAGAGAAGAAACAUGAGGCUGUUCUGGUGAAGACCGAAGAAGAAACAGAGGAGGAAUGGAAUUCAGGGGCUAGGUAUGAGGAUUCUGGUGUCAUUGAAAGUGAAGCUUCCUUUGGGAAGAAGCAGAUGGAGGAAAUGAGUUCUGAUAUUCUGGGAUUUUGUACAUUUGAUCCCUCUCAAAAUGAGGAAUAUAAAGCUUCUAUAGAGAGAAAAUUUGAAGAUGAGGAGGGUUUGAACAAUUCUGGUUGUGGAAGCUUCAUGUUUGAAGAAAAAGGAACUGAUGAGUGGCAGAGUGGUCAUUUGCCUGUGCGUCUCAAUAACAUGAAGGCGGCAGACCUGGAAGCGGCUUAUUAUGACUACAGUUUCUUGAGACCUGAUUAUGACUUUGGCUUAUUGGAAGAGAAAAACUUACUUGGUAUAUGGUUUCCACAUUUAGCUUCUUAAAUCAAUCAUAAUGCUUGUUUCUGCUUUUGUUUCUGUUUUUUCCAUUUUAAUGGGGUUGUUGCAAUAUGCUUUUUCCCCCUUAAAAAUGAGCUAAUAAGAUGCAGUUUCUACUCUCUGCUUUUUCCAUCACAAUCACUUUACGCACAAACGUAAUGUACACUCUACCAUACAAUAUUCUCUGU